AAACUAGACACUCUUGGCUAAGACUGAAGUAAGCCCACCAUGUCGACACCGUAAACAUUAGAGUGGGAUUGUUCGGGUAAUUUACAUCUUUUCCUUGCGUGCUCAACAGCGCUGUACUGAGAUUGACCUCUGACGUGAGUGAUAAUAAGGCUGUUUUGGCACAGACAGCAAUGCAAAUAUUUACUUAGAUCCAGCAGAUCUGGUGCAGGAAAUCGAAAGAGGGGACAGGCAUGGAGAAGCGGAGGGUGUGCGCGAGUGUCAGAGGAAUGCGCAGACUGUCCGGGAGAGUCGGAAAUACACAUGUGAAAAAUCGGACUCUGCAGAUAAGGAAAGCUGCCUCUGUAUUGGGAAGGGGGUGAGGCUGAUGCGCCCCGAACAGAAGAAGAGCGUUUAUGUCCCUUGUGUUUUUGCUGUCUUGAACUUUUUCAUUCUGAAGUCCUGUAACUUCUCGAACAUCUCAAGUUCACUUGGCAGGGGACACACAGGAGAGAAUCAAUGAGCUGAUAUAAGAGACUGACCCAGAGAUGCUAUAAUGGAAGAUAGUGGUCUCAUGAAAUAGUAGAUCACACAGAAUAGUUUGUUUAAAGAUGGAUCACAGACUUGAGGACACCAGUGGAAUCAUUCAAAAUUGAAGCCAGAAAGCACUCCUUUACUCAAAGAGUUGAAGAAUCUGAAACAAACAACGGAGAUAUGGAGUUGAAGCACAAAACCUGACAACCUCUAAAAAGAAUCUGGGUGAGAUAUUGGGACAGCUUAGCUAUUAGCUAAAGAAACACACCUGAUGGACUGAAUGGUCUCCUCUCAGAUUUCUGAUGUUCUUAUGUUCUACUCCCAAUGCGACAGAACCCAAGUAAUGUACUCAAGUCAUUCAGUGUGAAACAAAAACUAGACCCUCUGUAACGCAGUUCAUCCAAGAUCAAACCCUUGUGGACUUGUAACAACUGACCUAAUGUCAGCAGUAACAUUUCUAUGAAGUCUUUGGUGUUCUGAGUCCUCGCCAUCCAUCAUAGGAACAAGGCGAUGAUUUUAACAACAGACCUGAAUUGUACACAAAACAAGAACAGCAGUCAGGUGAAGCCGACUGUCUUCGGGAACUGCAGCAACACCGAUGGCUACAAGUACACGGUGUAUUCUGCCAUGUACUGUGUGAUCUUCCCCUUGGCACUGACCUCCAAUUGCCUGGCCCUCUACGUCUUCUGCAGACUGACCAGAAAGCGCACACCAAGUACAGUGUUCAUGACCAACCUGAGCUUUUCAGAUUUGCUUUUUUCGCUGACCCUUCCAUUCCGGAUCACAUACUUUUUUCGAAAAGGCGAGUGGGAUUUUCCAGACUGGCUUUGCCGUUUCUGCACCUUUGCUUUUUACACAAACCUCUAUGCCAGCAUCUUGUUCCUCACCUGCCUCAGCGUGGUGCGCUAUGUGGCGGUCUUGUACCCUAUUAAAGCCAAGAACAUCUUCACCGUAAAAAAAGCCAUCUGUACUUCGGUGGCUAUGUGGAUUUUUGUGAUACUCUCAUCAUGCCCUUUCUUCCUCUCAGGGACCUUCGAGCGUGGAGGAAAACUGCGCUGUUUUGAGCCCAAGGACCAAAAAUCAUGGGGUCGCAUUCUUAUCAUGAACUACUUUGCACUUGUCUUGGGUUUCUUGCUUCCAUUCUUCACCAUUUUAUGCUGUUACUGCCGGAUAAUUCGGCGUCUCACCAGUUCCCAGCGAGACCUGAGGAAGAACAAGCAGUCACGCCGACGCUCAAUCUAUCUUAUUGUCCUGGUUUUCAUCUCAUUUAUCUUUUGCUUCCUGCCCUACCAUAUUCAGAGGACCGUACACCUGCAUUUUAAAAUGAGUAAAGCGGAUUGCUCCAAACUUGUCCUCAUGGAGAAGGCUGUUGUCAUCACCAUCUGCCUGGCAGCAACAAAUAGCUGCCUCAACCCGCUAAUCUAUUACUUUGUAGGUCAGACUUUCCGCCGAAGGGUUUCUAAUGCCUUUAUGGAGACAAUGAACAGCAAAAGGCUUUCCAGGCAGUCAAAUUCAUCUUUCAGCCCCUCGAUAAGAAGAGGAAGUGGUUACUCCCUAAAGGUCAAAAGUUAAAGCUCUCUUGUGAGAAGUAAUAUUUUUUUCUUGGAGUUAAUUAUUUGUUGGAUUUGUUCUAUAUAUUAAGAGACAAGGAAUUUAGGUACUUUAAAAUAAAAAUACAGUGACACAAAAAAAAAUCUGUUUCAUUUUGUUUGUAAUAGAAAAAUGGUCAGUAGAAGGAUGUGGGUGGUUGUUACUGCAUUAUAAUGGAGUUUACCAAACUUCAGCCAUUAUUGAAUUGAAUUGAUUUGGAACUUUAUUUCCAGGCAUCAUAGUUGGAGGAAUUUUUCUUUGUGUUACUUCUGUAGAUAUACAACUAACAACACAGCAUACAAACAUGACACCAACAUUAUAUUACUAACAGCUCCACAAAACACAAAUAUGGUGGAUUCAGAAAGUAUUCAGACCCCCUUCAUUUUCUGCACACUUUUAUUGUGUUUUAGAUUUAAUUCCAAAUUGAUAAAUUUAACAUUUUUUGUCCAUCCAUCUCAAUAAUCCAUAAUGACAAAGUGAAAACCUGCCUUCAGAAAGUUUUGCAAAUGUAUUACAAAUCACAAACUGAAAUCUCCCCUUCAUCGAAGUAUUCAGACUCUUUGCUAUGGCACUCUAAAUUGAGCUCUGGUGCCUUCUGAUUGCUUUAAUUCUCCUUGAGAUGUGUCCAGAACUGGAUUGGAGUCCACUUGUGGCAAACUGUACUGAUUGGACAUCAUUUAGAAAGGCACACAGCUGUGUACAGAAGAUCCAACAAUUCACACUACAUGUCAGGACAAAAUCCAAGUCAUGAAGUCCAAGGAAGUCUCUGCAGACCUCUGUGAUUUAAAGGUGGUGAAGCCUACAUCAGGACAAGGGAAUAAAACAACUUGUUAAGACUUGAGCAUUCCCAAGAGCUAAGUGGCCUAAAUAACUGUGAGAUGGAAGACGUUUUGAACCACCAGGACUCAUUCUAGAGUUAGCCAUCCAGCCAAAUUGAGUAACCAGGCAAGAAGGGACUUGGUCAGGGAGAACAGCCAAUUAUCAUUGUUAACAGAGCCCCAGAAGUCCACUGCUGAAACUGAAAGAAUGACCAUCUCAGAAGCACUUUAGUCAAAGUCAAAGCAAACUUUAUUGUCAUCUCAACCAUAUACAAGUAUACAGAUAGACGAAAUUGUGAAGCUCAGUGUCCUCAGUGUAACAACAUGAAGUGCAAAUAAAAAAAAUAAAUUAAAAUUAAGAAUUAAAAUUUAAGAUUAAAAUUUAAAAUUUAAAUUUAAACACAAACAAGACAAGACAUUGUGCAAAGGCAAUACAAAGAAGUCUUGCACUUUAUCAACUUUAUCAAUCAAUCGUAUAUUAUAGCAUGGCUAGAUGGUGGCCACUCUUGAUUAAAAUAUAUAGACUGCAUUUAAAGUACUCUGAGAGCAUAAGGAAAAAGAUUUAACUAUGCACAGAACUCCAAGCACUACAUCUGGCAAAGACGAGACACUGCUAAGCACUUACUAAUACCAUCCCUAAGGUGAAACAUGAUGGUGGCAGUCUCAUGCUGUGGAGGUGCUUUUCAGUGGCAGGGACAGGGAGACCAGUUAGAACUGAGGGAAGGAUAAAUGCAGCCAAAUACAGACAGGUCCUUGAAGAAAACCUGCUCCAGAGAGCAUGUGACCUUAGACUGGGACGAUAGUUCACCUUUCAGCAU